GUUGUCUCUAUAUUAUUCCUCAGUACAUCUUCAACUCUCAGUUUGAAAACAACGAAAAAAUAAUACAUUCAUCAAUAUGCCAGCUGGAUACAAAUGGGUUAAAUAUUCUGGUAGACGUAAUGUUGAGCCUGAAAUGAUUGUGAUUGGUCAUGAUCUUGAUGGUUCAGCACUUGUUAUUGGUCGUGCAUAUCAUCAUGGUGAAAUUUUACCAGCAAAAGUUAAACCUCAACAUGGUGUUGCUUAUGUUUCCUAUGAUGGUGUUGAACAUACAAAAUAUGAUUUUGAGAUUAUGUUUCCGACUCGUUUUGAUUGGGUCAGCGCACGUGAUGGACAUGUACCAUCUGAGGCUGUUAAAGGUGGUCAAGCAAGCAAUGGCGAAACUCUAUACGUUGGUCGUACAAUUCAUUGUGGUGUUCCUUGUGUUGGCAAGGUUCAUCCAAGUCAUGGAAGCUUAUUUAUUCCCUAUGGUGGAAAAGAAGUACGUUACAGAGAAUAUGAAGUUUUAGUUAUGCAUUAAUAAUGAAAAUUUUGUAAGCUAACAAUUUUUUUAUGCCAUUA